GAGAGAGGAGAGAGGCCGGGAAGGCGGCGGGUUGUGCGGCUCUCAACCUGAUUGACCGAGCAAUCGACCCCCCGGGCUGACGGACUGACGGGCGGACGGCAGAGGCGGGAGUCAGGAGCCGCGUCUGGCGACGCUGAGGACGAGCGCGUCAGGCUCCGCGGCCGCCACUCGGUCAGCGUGCUGAAUGAAGCGCCCGCCCCGCUGAGCCCCGAGCCCGGCGCGUUCCCCGCAAGAUGGACGGUUUCGCCGGCAGCCUCGAUGAUAGCAUUUCUGCUGCAAGUACUUCUGAUGUUCAAGAUCGCCUCUCAGCUCUUGAGUCACGAGUUCAACAACAGGAAGAUGAAAUCACUGUACUAAAGGCAGCUUUGGCUGAUGUUUUGAGACGUCUUGCAAUCUCAGAAGAUCAUGUAGCCUCAGUGAAAAAGUCUGUGCCAAAUAAAGGCCAACCAAGUCUUCGAGAAGCUAUUUCCAUGUCCUGUAUAACCAAUGGAAGUGGUAUAAACAGAAAACAGAAUCACACCAGCUCUGUAUCAAUAGCAAGAAAAGAAACUCUUUCGUCUGCUGCUAAAAGUGGUACAGAAAAAAAGAAAGAAAAGCCACAAGGACAGAGAGAAAAAAAAGAGGAAUCUCAUUCUAAUGAUCAGAGCCCACAAAUGCGAGCAUCACCUUCUCCCCAGCCCUCUUCACAGCCUCUCCAAAUAAACAGACAAACUCCAGAGAGCAAGAGCUCCGCUCCCACCAAAAGCAUAAAACGUCCACCAACAGCUGAAAAGUCACAUAACUCAUGGGAAAAUUCAGAUGAUAGUCGUAAUAAAUUAUUGAAAACCGUUUCAACAUCAAAACUAAUAUCAAAGGUUAUAAAAAGUGCAGACAAACAUAAAGAUGUCAUCAUCAAUCAAGCAAAAAUGUCAACUCGUGAAAAAAACAGCCAAGAAGGAGAAUAUAUUAAAAUGUUUAUGAGAGGUCGGCCAAUUACCAUGUUCAUUCCUUCGGAUGUUGACAACUAUGAUGACAUCAGAACAGAACUGCCUCCUGAGAAGCUCAAACUGGAGUGGGCAUACGGUUAUCGGGGAAAGGACUGUCGAGCAAAUGUUUACCUGCUUCCAACGGGGGAGAUAGUUUAUUUCAUUGCAUCAGUAGUGGUACUAUUUAAUUAUGAGGAGAGGACUCAGCGACAUUACCUGGGCCAUACAGACUGUGUGAAAUGCCUGGCUGUACAUCCUGACAAGAUAAGGAUCGCAACUGGACAGAUAGCUGGAGUGGACAAGGAUGGAAGGCCUCUGCAGCCCCAUGUCAGAGUGUGGGAUUCAGUAAGCCUUUCCACACUACAUGUCAUUGGACUUGGAACUUUUGAGCGUGGAGUAGGAUGCCUGGCUUUUUCAAAAGCAGAUUCAGGUGUUCAUUUAUGCGUUAUUGAUGACUCCAAUGAACAUAUGCUUACUGUAUGGGACUGGCAGAAAAAGUCAAAAGUAGCAGAGAUAAAGACAACAAAUGAAGUUGUUUUAGCUGUGGAAUUCCACCCAACAGAUGCAAAUACUAUAAUUACAUGUGGUAAAUCUCAUAUUUUUUUCUGGACCUGGAGUGGCAAUUCACUAACAAGAAAACAGGGAAUUUUUGGGAAAUAUGAAAAACCAAAAUUCAUUCAGUGUUUAGCAUUCUUGGGGAAUGGAGAUGUUCUUACUGGAGACUCAGGUGGAAUCAUCCUUAUCUGGAGCAAAACUACCGUAGAGCCCCCACCUGGGAAAGGACCUAAAGGUGUCUAUCAGAUCAGCAGACAAAUCAAAGCUCAUGAUGGCAGUGUAUUUACACUUUGUCAGAUGCGGAAUGGAAUGCUAUUAACUGGAGGAGGAAAAGACAGAAAAAUAAUUCUGUGGGAUCAUGAUCUCAACCCUGAAAGAGAUAUCGAGGUUCCUGAUCAGUAUGGCACAAUUAGAGCUGUUGCAGAAGGAAAGGCAGAACAAUUUCUAGUAGGUACAUCACGAAACUUUAUUUUACGGGGAACGUUUAACGAUGGCUUCCAAAUAGAAGUGCAGGGUCAUACAGAUGAACUCUGGGGCCUCGCAACACAUCCCUUCAAAGAUUUGCUCUUGACAUGUGCUCAGGACAGGCAGGUGUGCAUGUGGAACUCAGUGGAGCAUAGGCUGGAGUGGACCAGGCUUGUGGAUGAACCAGGACAUUGUGCAGAUUUUCAUCCAAGCGGUACAGUGGUGGCCAUCGGAACACACUCAGGCAGGUGGUUUGUUCUGGAUGCAGAAACAAGAGAUCUCGUGUCCAUCCACACCGAUGGGAACGAGCAGCUCUCCGUGAUGCGCUACUCAGUAGAUGGUACUCUCCUGGCUGUAGGAUCUCAUGACAACUUUAUUUACCUCUACUCAGUCUCAGAAAAUGCAAGAAAAUACAGCAGAUAUGGAAAGUGCACUGGACAUUCUAGCUACAUCACACACCUUGACUGGUCCCCAGACAAUAAGCAUAUAAUGUCUAACUCAGGCGACUACGAGAUACUAUACUGGGACAUUGAGAAUGGAUGCAAACUGAUCAGGAACCGAUCAGAUUGUAAGGACAUCGACUGGACAACAUACACCUGUGUGCUAGGCUUCCAAGUCUUUGGUGUCUGGCCAGAAGGAUCCGAUGGAACAGACAUCAAUGCACUGGUGCGGUCCCACAAUAGAAGAGUGAUAGCUGUGGCCGAUGAUUUCUGUAAAGUUCACCUGUUUCAGUAUCCGUGCUCCAAGGCAAAGGCUCCCAGUCACAAGUACAGUGCACACAGCAGCCACGUGACCAACGUCAGUUUUACUCAUAAUGACAGUCACCUAAUUUCAACUGGCGGGAAAGAUAUGAGCAUCAUUCAGUGGAAGCUUGUGGAAAAGUUACCUUUACCUCAAAAUGAGGUCAUAACAGACAGCAGUCUAUCCAAAGCCCCUGCCUCUUCCACUGAAAAUGCCAGGCAGUGUAACCCUCCUCCACUGCCUCCUUCCCAGCCGUUAACGGAGACAGUUGAGGAAGAAAGAAUAAGCACCUCGCCCACGCUUAUGGAGAACAGUCUGGAGCAGACUGUGGAGCCCAACGAGGAGCAGAGCGAGGCGGGCAGUGAAGACCUUGGUGCGGUGAUUGAUGAAGAGCCUGCCAGUGAGUUAGGCGAGAAGCAGGGAGCCACUGACCUGCCUGAGGACCAGCAAGGUGCACCACCCCUGUGCUAAAACCCAGGCUCCAGUGCUCCCUUGGCUGCCUGUGAUGUGAUGGAGUCAGAUAACAUGUUGGGCAGUGAUGGGGAAUCACUGUAGAUGGAGGUUUGUUUCCCAUGUGAUUGGUGUUCUUCAGUAGUCUGAGCUGCCAUCUGUGAGAUACAGCAAACCAAAGGUUGUUUGGUAUAUGUUGAAAACUAAACCAAACUUAAAUAGCAGUGGAGACUGACAGGUGAGUGUCUGAGAAGUCACCAUGUGUGGUGUGAAUACUGGAAACAGAACUGCAGUUGUACCCAUCGACAUAAACCCGUUAUCUGAACGUGACAGAGGCAUCACAAACACCAGUGCUCCUACUGGCUCAGACUGCCUUUUUUCCUGAUACAGAAAAAGGAAGCAAGAAAGUGAUCUUACUGUGAUACUAUCCCACUCGAGUAUCUAAUGGGAACUUUUUAAGUAAGGAAAGCUUCAGUGUUGCCAAGUGUGGUGGUGUUGCCUUCUUCUGUAAUACUGCAUUUUCUUACACUACCAGUAGAUGUCCGAUGUGCUCAGGAGGCUACUCUAGAAGAUGCCUUCUCUCGUUAGAACAAGGAACAGCCCUCAGUUUCUGUGGACAGAUACUUUAACCUAGAAGCAAGCAUUGGUUUGUUGAAGAGCUUUUAAUGUAUAUUAAACCAUGAUUCUGAGAGAUGGUGGGUCCUCCGAGGAGUCCUUUACUGGCCUGAACAUUCUCUGAUGUUUGGCAUUCAAGGGAACGAAAACAAAACAGAACCGCAUGCCUUUAAGAGAUGAACUGUGAUGAUGACUGCUGACCUUCGCUAGCCUUCAGCACUAUCUGUUCCCUCAGUAGAAGUAGUUUAAAUGGUUGGAUUGGUGCUUGAAUUCAUUGGUUCAGUUGUAAUUUUUAUACAGACUUCUUACACCGAGGGAUGUCUUUUUUUUACAGAAGUGUGGUAGUCACAGUUCUGCCUAGUAGGGUGCACCCUUUGCAGAUGUGCUGUCUGUGGGCGUUUCCUUCCUCUGCAAGCCUUGCAGCCCUGUAGGGCUAGCUUGGGUUUGGGCAGUGCAUGUGUUGGUAUACAAGGGGAAGGGGCUUUUUUCCAAGUUUUGUCAGUUAACUAUUUUUCUGAAAUAUGUUUCCUACUUAAAUGACUGACAAGUGUGCAUUUCCUAUGUUUGUUUAUACUUUGAUUACAAAAACUGUUUAUUUUUUUUACCUUGCUACAUUGUUUUCAUACUUUUUGUUGUUGGAUUAUGUUUAGAAACUUUUCAUAAGUUCAGAAGUCUUAAGUAUGCAGACGUUUACGUGAUUGUGCCAUUCCAAAGUGCAUCAGAACUGUCAUUCCCUUCUCGUGUCUUCUCAGGAGUAACACAUAUCAGGUAUUCAUCAUUUGGAAAUAUGAACGCUCCAGGGAACUCCCGCAGACACUAGGAGACUUGUACUCACACGCUGUAUGGAAGGGUGUGUGCAGAAGGACAGGUGGAGACCUGUGUAUCUCUAGAUAGGAUGCACACUUCAAAAUGUUCGCAGUAUAAGUCUCUGUCUAGGUAUAUGUCCAUGUAUCUCUCCUUUUGUUUACAACAUUUUUUUUAAUUAAGGAAAAAAACACCUCAAAGUAGCUCUCUUCCAAAGAAGAGAUUCUAAGCCACCUGACUCAGUUCAGUCUGUACCCAGUCACCAGAGAGCACAGCUUCAGGUACCGCCCCCAGUUAGCGGUGGAGGAAUCGAGUCCUAGGGGGGAAAGUGCAUUUCUUCAGUGCCUGGAGAACGGCUCUCCACACACAGGGACUUUAUCUGGGGCGUCUGUCACCUUUGGGGUUGCCAUGUACAAUGACAUUUAUAAUCAUGAUACUCUUGGGUGGUAGUUUCCAAAGACACUACUCCUGUGCGGACAGCGUGCCAGCCCCUUGUGCUGGCAACUACUGUUUCAUGUCAGACCUGUGAUAAUGGCUGGAAGGAUGUGGGAUUAUGAAUUGUGUAAAUGUCUUCUUAGAAAAACUUGUGAAUGAAAAUGAACCCGAGUGUUUCAUGUGAAGAUGAGCCAUUUCUAUCAUGCAUUCCGAUGUCAUGGCAGAAAAUUUUGAAGAUUAAAAAAUGAGA